AUGCUCAGCCCAUUGAAUCAUCUGAUUUACGGCGUAGCUCAAAAGCAGCGCCGUAGUCUCAAAGAAGUUUCCACGCUCUUUCUGGUCAAUAAAGAAAAACCUCUUCGGAAUGUGGAAGGAGAAGCGGUUAGAAAUCUGAUUGGAAUUGAGAGGAAUUUUUUUUUCAGUACACAGUGGACGAGUUGCGCUCCUUCCUUCGCGAUUCGAUGACAAAUGAAGGUUUAAAGGAGUUUAUACCGGUCGUCGACAACAUUUUUGGUGUUUCAAUAACUUCAGAGUUUCAUGAAAGUUUUUUGUACAGAUAGGUUAGCUGUAGGCGAUGAGGCUUUGACGUAUUUUGCUUUGGUGGCCACUUUGUCUCUGCCGAGGCAGACGUUUGUUGAAAGCAUACAAGCUAGAUCUAUCGCCCAAGGGCUGGUCAGUUGAAAUUUUUCUUUUAUUAGGUCUUAUAUUCUGUUCAGAUUUUGAAUGUCAAGUAGAAUGACGUCAUUUGAAAACGCUCUGUGGAUGGCUCGCUCUCUGAUUGGUUUAUCGAGUCAUUAGGGGGUGGAGCUUCAGCGAGGACUUGAAAUUUGAAAUCUGACCAGACUAUAGUUUCAUCCAUAUAAAAAAAUUCUGACUGUCUCAAAAUACAGUAAUAAUACUUUAACUUCUAUUUGAUUGGUUUAUUUAUAUUUCUUGGGAAAAAUCGAAGCUGUCAAACACACAUCGACGGUGAACUUCUUAUUUAAGUACUCACACCAAGAUCCCACAAAAAUUGGUGGUGUUAAAAAAAAAAGCCAGCGAAUUUUCUAACGGCGACUUUUCCGUUUUUUUCAUAUCGGUAGGGAGCUUUCCGACGGAGAAGUUUCUGAUGAAUUCCUUUCCGGUGUUUACCCUUAUUUUUUUUCGGUUUAUAAAGCAUCUAUUAACACUUUUUCCCAUAGUUCUUUGUGUUUUAAUCAUGAAUCAACUACCUACUUCAUACAGGAAGAUUCAAAACAAAGAGUUUAUAGAGAAAAAAAAAGUCGGGGAAGGAUUAGCCGGAAAGCUUCCUAGCGGUAUGAAAAAAACCGCUCGAAAAAUUCGCUAAUAUUGUGUCACACACCGGCAAAAAAAUAUGAAUGUAUUUAAUCAAAAAAAUUUUUUUUCUGAUAAGCAUACCAAAUCUAAUCGGAUUCUUACAAAUUUAGUAUUUUGGCAGAUGUCUCUUUUCCGAGACAAAUACUCUCCAGUUCUUUACGCCGAGCCCAUAACGAUUUCCGGCGUUCCUCAGUUGGCCUGGGAUAUUUCGAGCGUCGUUGAGAAAACUCUGGCUGAGGUCUCGCCGUUGCCUCCCCGUGAGUUACGCUCCCAGAAAAAGGAAUUCAGUCCAAAAAUGCAGCCUGCGAUUUAUCGGAAAUUCAAGCGAUAAAUGAACACGGUCUUUUGACCUCCGAGUACGUUGAAACCCUUUCCUGCGAGGCUUUGAUGCAAAGCGUUCGAAAAGGUUGGUUUUGGAAAGUCCCUAGCAGUUUCUACGGUUAAUAUUCAGGGAAACCGUUGAAAUAUGGUUAUUUCAGUUUCGAUGACUAUUUGGAAUCUUUGUCCGAGUUGUUCGGAGGGAAAAGUUCGGAUCUUUUUCAGAAAAAUGUGAGCUUCUUCUAGAAAUUCUUGCCAAUUUUUUCAUAGAUUCUUUUUUUUUUCUCAAGGAAAACGAGGAGUUCCACUUGUUGCCUUGUCGUGUAGGAGACUGGACGAUGGCCAUGACGUCGGCUGUGCUGGGACAGGAAAUCCACAUCGCCGGAAAGUUGGUACCUUCUUCAGUAAAAAGCUCGAUAUUUGAUCGUUUUUUCUUUAAUUAUCAGAAUUUGCAAAAAAAAAAUGUGUGUCUCAGAUUACAAAAAGCCCGUCGACUGUGGCAGAAACAGGAAAAUUUACAUUCCACCGUUGCCCACCGCUUGUGCUUCGAAUUCGUUCUUUCAGAAAUACGAAUUUUCAGGUGAUUAUUGUAUUUCUAAAGUUUAUUCCUGUCCAAAAAAAUCUCUUUUUAACUAACUAGGGAGCGUUUGAUGAAACUUCGCUGAAGUGUACUUUAGGACCUCCUGAUUGCAGAACAAGAAAAAAAAAAAUCUCUCGCGAAAGAUCUUGUUUUAGAGUUAGGAAACUUCAAAAGCUCAAAAUACCGCUUUUUUGUCAUAUUUUUCGUAUUUUGCCGACUUUGAAGCUCCAUAACUCGAAAAAGAGAGAGAUGGUUCCUGGUAAGUUUUUUUUUUUGAAGUUUGUAGGCCAUAUAAAAACAUUUUUUUUUAAAUUUAUUUUUUCAGUGAGUUCGGUCCAGUCAAGUAUUACGCCUACGAUUUCUCGAUGUCAACAGCUCCGAAGUUUCUUUUUUUAUUCUUUCAAUUUUGACGCCACGUUUCAGGGACUUUUAUGUCAGAGAAAAAUCUAAAAUUUUGUACGACUUGGCCAAGUUUCAUCUACAACUACUUCAGUCUCUUUUUCAGAUCGUGGAGGAUCCUUCAUUGACGGUGAAAAUUCAUUUUAAAAGACAAAAUAAAUCGAAUUUUCAGUUAAUUUCCCUUCAAGAGAUCGCCAGAGUCGCUUCGCUUUCCUCUCUUAAUAGGUUUUCGCGGAAGCCGUGGAUCAAAUUAGAUAAUUUUUUGAUUCGACGUAUUUCAAGGUUAAUCUUCUCAGUUUUUUUAGAUUUGGUAUCUUAAAUAAAACGGUCACAGCCUAACAGAAAAGGGUUCAACUCGAUGAAAAUCUCUCAAACUAGCUUUUUUUAUCAUAAAACUACUACUUUUAGAAAUUUCUCAAACAUUCAACAUCAAAUCAAUCAAAUCAAAUAAUUUCUUCUGUUGUUUUUUUGUCAUAUAUUAAUGCACUAGGCGGUGAACAAGAACUUUGAAAGCUUUAAAGUCAUAAAGAACAACCGCCUUUGGCGAACUAGAAGUCCUAGCGUGUAGUCGAAAGAGUAUAAAGCAUGGUCUUACGGCCCUUUGCCUCGUUCUUCUUCCCAUAGUCCAUCCAUCUUGACGAGCUCAGAAUGUAGCGGAUAAUGUGGCUGGAGCCCGGAGACCGUGCUCUACACUAAGAAUAACUGCCGAGAUAAACGCGAGACGCUGGCGGUACAUUGACGAGCUCGCAAACAUCUCGCGUUUUUUCUCGCGCCGGUCUUGCAUUUUUCUUGUCGCGAGCUCGCACUUUUCUAGGCGCGAGCUCGCAUUUAUCUCGAAAUUUGAAAAUUUCCGAAAUGCAAGAUAAAUGCGAGGUCGCGCCGAGAAAAAUGAAAGAUCGCGCCUAGAAAAAAGCGAGAUGUUGGCGAGUUCGUCAAUGUACCGCCACCGACCUCGCGUUUAUCUCGUCAGUUAUUAUUUAUUAUUCUUUGUGCUAGGUGGAAGCCUCGAAAUAAGAGCGACCAUUUCGAAUGAAGAUUUUACACGGAACAUCUUCUUUACUUUAUCGAGUAAACCCUUUUCUUUCUCUGUAAAAAUACAUAGAAGCCAUAGACCGGCUGGAUCCCACCCCUAUAACAGUAAAUUUUCAAUUUUUCGCGCGUAAAUUUCUGAGAUGGGAUCCAGCCGAUGAAUGAUAAAAGCCGGCAGGCCUAGCUUUCACACCUAUUUUUGUUUUAUCAAUUAAUUGAUUUUUUGUUCUUCAAUUAUUUCUAAUUGUAGCAUUGUAUCGACGGCUUUGACUUGUUCUGAUGCGGACCUUGAAGGAUUUUUUAUCGAAGAGCCUCAGAAUCAGAUGAAAAGGGAGUGGGGUCAGUUCUGGCGCACAGUCGACAAAGUGUUCUCUUAAGUGAGUAUUUGGCAGAGAAUGAGCCCUCUGCGGCUUCCGACCUCUCCCAAUAUCGGGCCGACUUUGGCUUCCUACGUUUCGGACCUCGUUAUCGCCUUCCGUCUGGCCGCCACCGACAAUCUCAUCCUUCAGAUGGGAUAUACAGCUCCGUCUGAGCAGCUUUCUCUCGUAAGAACUGAAACAAGAACGUCACAUUAAAAAAUACGUUUUCCUCAUGGAGGAGUGUGUCAUCGAAUUAUUAUCGUGGAUUUGUUAUUUAUGCUUUGUUGAGAUUAGUUAUAUUUUUCAGUUGGAACUGUUGCCGUACUCUGAAGAACGCCUAGAACCUUAUUUAGAAGACGUAGAAUACGAAAAAGACCGUAGAUAUCUGGAAGAAUGCAUCCAAGUCCAGCUCGAGUUAGUCUCUUUUUCCAGUCAUUCAUAUGCAGUUUUAAGUUUUUCAGUAAGCUGCCCUCUGUCCAAAUAAUCCACACGAUUUGGAAGUCUUUUUUUGAAGAGCUUCGCAAAAUGUUCUUUUUCGUUUACCACUUUUUCACCAAGGCCCAUCAUCAUUUUUCACAGGAAGAAUGGAGGUCGAUUUCGGAUUCUCUUCUUUUUGAACUUCUCCGUGUUUAGUAAAAACAAAAAAUCGGAGAUGAAGCUGAAAGGAUGGCUGAUUGGCGAGUGCGCAUUCGACCGGAAACUCGUCAACGCCAUUUCCUUGCGAGAUGGUCAGUCCAAAGGCAGAGCUCUGCAAGUCUGAAAAAUCUUGAUCGAAGCUAGGUUUUGGUUUCGAAUUUCCCAGCUAACUAGGGAACUACUCGGACUCGGGUACGGGUUUCGAGUUGAAACUUUGGCGGCUUAUAGACCCGGGCAAGAGUACUUGAAAACAAGAGAGAAUAUCUGCUAAACCCAUUAGAGAACUGAGAAAAAAUUAGUAGAAAAUGUGAAAAUUAGGCCUGAAAGUUUUCAGAAUACGGCUUUUUACCUUGUUUUAUAUUUUGAUACAAUCGCCUUGAAUGAUCCGGCUAUGAUAAGCUCUAAUAAACUUUUUUCCAGCCAAAAGGAGGAAAGCAAAUACUUGAUAAUUUUCAAGCCUAAAUUGUUCAUUUUCAAAAAGCUUUUUCUCAGAAGCCUAUGGGGUUUAGCAGAUAAUCUCUCUUGUUUCCAAGUACUCUUACCCGGGUCUAUAAGACACCAAAGUUUCAACUCUAAAGGCGUACCCGAGUCCGAGUAGUUGCCUAGUAAGUUACUUGAAAAACUCCAGAUUCAAGUUUAAGAAAUCGUUUCAAUACCAGUUUCUUUUUCUCGAUGAAACGCAUGUUCUGUCUCAGAUUUGUAAAAAAAAAAAAUGUGUUUUUGAAUUAUGUGCAUUAAAAUAGUCUCCAGAGUUGUUUCCUUCCAAGAAUCAUUACUGAAUAUUUCGAUUAAGGGUUUUAUCGAUGAAUCGUUCCCAAUGUGAUUGAUUUAGCGAAAACCUGGGUUUCAGAUCCAAUGUUCGGUGGUUUCCGAGUAAUGCUGACGUUGACAAAGACGAUGUCAAUGUUUAUGCGGCGAAGAUUCGUUUCUUGUUAUUCCUUUGUGAAUUCUCUCAUGUGUCUUUUCCGUCGAUCUCUUCAUUCCAUUAUUGAGGUUAAUAUCGAAAAAAGGCUUUUUCUUCUGUUUUUUGAUUGAAAUCAAGGUAUAAUUCUUAUUCGACAAAUUUUUCAUAAAUUUUGAAAAAAAGUUUUCUUUUUUCGAAAUGAUUGUUUAAUGUAUCUUGCUGGAGCUAAAACCGCUCUUCAAUGAGAGCAUAUCGGCCAGUUUUGGCCAUAUUACAUUUUCUUUAUACACGAAGUUUCUCGGAUACUCUUUUCUGAAAUCAUUUUUUCAUUUAAGAAAAAAAACGUCAACGUGUACAUUUGGUUUUUAUCUGGAACUGGCUCAGCCUUUACUUUAGAAAAGAUUCCAUUAUAGAGAUUCAUAAGAGAUAGCAGGCGAAAAAAAGCGAACUUCUUCUGAUCGAGAGCCAGCCGCGCUUCUACCUCCACCACAUGUACAGCGUCGUCUUCGCGAUCCGCGCCAAGAUGAUGGGUCUGGUUUCCAGCGCCUGGCACAUUUUCGAGGCAUUUCCUUCGAGUCGGACUCUUUCCACAUCAGCCGAUUACAGAAAAAGUUGGCUUCGAUUGAAGGCGUCGGAUCUCCCCAAAGUCUCAAGGAGGCCUAUGUCCAUCACAGAGAAUUCGUCCGGUCCGUCGAUUCCGCUGUCAUGUUCACAACUUGCCGCGGGGCAACUGCUCCCAUCAUCAAAAUGGUUUUUUGGCGUUGUCUUUUCCUGUUUUAAAGUGUCUUCCAUUGAAUAUUUUUGUUUUAUGGCACUCGAAAGCUUUCAUUAAGUUCGUGUAAGACAAUCACGGAUUGCCAGAUGGUGGACAGCACUGUCGACUGUGCAAACGCUUGUGUGAACGACGACGCCAUCAGUGCACAAGCCCAUUACGACAAGUUUCUGGCCAACUUCCAUCUUUUCAUCGAGCGUGAGCACAUUUUCAGUUUGGACUAUGCAAUAGUCAGUCAAGAUGACGGAUAAAAUCAGAAAUAUAUAAAUCAGUAUAUUGUCAAUUAAUUUAAUUUUUAUUUCAAUUAAGCAGUUUUCAAUCUUCCUUUUUUUCUCAUCUUUUUUUUCUGACUAGGGAACUACUCGGACUCGGGUACGCGUUUCGAGUUGAAACUUUGGUGGCUUAUAACCCCGGGCAAGAGUACUUGAAAACAAGAGAGAAUAUCUGCUAAACCCAUUAGAGAACUGAGAAAAAAAAUGUAGAAAAUGUGUUUAUUAUAGCCGGAUCAUUCAAGGCGAUUGUAUAAAAAAACAUAAAAAUAAGGUAAAAAAAGCAGUGUUCUGAACAUUUUUCAGGCCUAAUUUUUUUACAUUUUUUUACUAAUUUUUUUCUCAGUUCUCUAUCGGGUUUAGCAGAUAUUGUCUAUUGUUUUUCAAUUAUUCUGACUUGGGUCUACAAACCACUAAAGUUUCAACUCGAAACCCGUACCCUGAGUCCGAGUAGCUCCCUAGUGAGCAACACAUAUUUAGAGCAAUGAAUGUCAAAAAGAGAUAUUAUCUUUUAUUUAUAUUCUUUUUGAAAAUUAACGGAUAUUCUACAACCCAAGCAAAAAUCUACAGAAUGUCGAAUGGACCGAGACACGUACAAGUUGUACUCUCGAUUGGACUUUGAGACAAGUUUUGAGACUCCUGGCGUCUCUCGCGGUACUUCCCAAGCCUCAGUCAACUCUAUCCUCAGCCGAGUCUCUUUUUAGUUUUCCUUCAUUUUUUUUCAAACUAUUUUUGUUAUUGAAAACUUUUCACUAUUUUUCAAAACUCUAAACAUGUUUCAUCUCAUGAAUAAUGCAUUUAUUUUCUCAAAUACGGGUUUGCUUCGCUUAUAUGAUGUAUUUUUUGCGGUUUUAUGAUUAUUUUCAAAUAUAGUUUUUGCAUUAUCAUCUUUGUUCAACUGUACGUUUGGUUGAUUCCCUUUUUUACAUUUUUCGAAACAAUCAAAUUAUUUUUACUUCAAUAACCGUUUGAGUGGAUCUGAAGUCAGCCCAAGGUUUCAUGGAACAUUACGUUCCGGCAGCAGAAGAGUUCCUCGAGGCGUCGAAUCCAUUUCCUGCGCCCUACAAUGAAGGAAAAACUAUGUUGGUGAACAGAAACACCAAGUUUGGUAAUAUUCUGCAGGUCGUCAGAGAGUAUUUCAAAGUAAUCCCAAAGUUUUUGUACUGUUUGCACGCUAAGAAAUUGAGGACGAUCUCAACCGGUUCGUAGUUUUCAAAAGCGUCGACGGCGCCACCGACAAAGCUAUUUCUUGCGUCGAGGUGUUCAAAAAUCAAACCAAGGUAAUUUUUUUAAGUUGAUGAUUCAUAAUUUAUAAUGUCUUGUAAAUACUAUGAAGAAAUAGUUGAACGAGAAGGUCUAAGAUUUGGUAGAGUAAUGGAAGUAUAUUUUAAAGAGGUCAUUAACUUUAACUGGAGCUGUUUUUACGACAUUAACACCUUGAAAACAAAAAAUUGGCUUCAUAAAUAUAUGAUUCUCAAAACUUGAAGAAAUUUCUAAAUUUGAGGACCCAUUGUACCAGUGGACAAAACUGACGACGGCUAAGAAAAUCGUUAACUGGAAAUGUCUGACCGACGGCCCCAGAGAGUCCGUUUUUAUAUUAAUUUAUCUGUCGAAAAGAAAAUUUUAUGUAAAUUUUAAAUGUGAUAAUGAAAUGCUUUCAGUAUCCGAGCGACGAUUGAAUUUCCGACGCUUUUCAUAGUGGUUUCACGGGAUCCUUUCCCUGGUGACUUCAGUUGUAUGAGGUUAGAAGGCCUUCUCUCCUUAAGGAGAGUUACUUUUCAAAAUCUAUUUUUGUUUGGUUUGUGAGCCGUUUCGUGUUUUGGGUACGUCAAGAAAUUCUCGGUGGAAUUAUUCAAUUCAAACUAUCAAAAAUUAUGCGUUUGUACUUGAAGUUGAGCGAGUCAUGAGACGCAUUGACAUGAAAAAAUUGCAGUAUGCAGUGCUCGAUGGACAAAGAAGUGCCUUUCCGCGAGGAAAUAAGCGGCGGUCGACCGCCGCGGAAGUCGCAAGGGACGCGAAGUCGCGGCUCGAAGACGCCCAACAAGUGGGGCCGACCGACGAUGGAGCAGAGGAAGGAACAAGGGGCCAAGAAGACCGAAUUGCUCCGCGAGGUCGACCGCCAAACCGCUCAAGGAAACUGA